GGAACGGGGCGGGACUUCCAGUAGGAGGCGGCAAGUUUGAAAAGUGACAACGGUCGACGUUUGCUGAUUUUUUACUUUGCUUGUAGCUGCUCCUCGAACUCGCCGCCUUCCUGUCGGCGGCCGGCACUGUAGGUGAGCGCGAGAGGACGGAGGAAGGAAGCCUGCGGACACCUUCGCCAUCCCAAGGCGCGUGCAGGUGUCGGGACGCAGGGCCUGGCGGUGUUUUUGUUGUGCUCAGCGGUGUGGGAGGAGGCGGAAGAAACCAGCGCCUGGGAGGAGCUCAAACUGUGUAGUUGGAAAGUGUCUUUCUUCAUCUCUCGUUAAUGAAUAAAUUGUAACUGAAAUGGUACUCCGAAAGAAUGAUAGAAUUUGGAUAUUGGAGGAGGUUCCAAAAGGAAAUACUGGAAGUUUGGGAAAGUUAGGAGACUAACUUGGAGCACAAAUUUCAUUCAAUUAUUAAAGGUUUUGGAAGCCUAGCAGAAAAAUUUGAAUUUGAUGUGGGUAAGAUUAACAGGAAACUUCCAAGAUGGAAACUUUGUCUUUCCCUAGAUACAAUGUAGCUGAGAUUGUGAUUCAUAUUCGCAAUAAGAUCUUAACAGGAGCUGAUGGUAAAAACCUCACCAAGAAUGAUCUUUAUCCAAAUCCAAAGCCUGAAGUCUUGCACAUGAUCUACAUGAGAGCCUUACAAAUAGUAUAUGGAAUUCGACUGGAGCAUUUUUACAUGAUGCCAGUGAACUCUGAAGUCAUGUAUCCACAUUUAAUGGAAGGCUUCUUACCAUUCAGCAAUUUAGUUACUCAUCUGGACUCAUUUUUGCCCAUCUGUCGGGUGAAUGACUUUGAGACUGCUGAUAUUCUAUGUCCAAAAGCAAAACGGACGAGUCGGUUUUUAAGUGGCAUUAUCAACUUUAUUCACUUCAGAGAAGCAUGCCGUGAGACGUAUAUGGAAUUUCUUUGGCAAUAUAAAUCCUCUGCGGACAAAAUGCAACAGUUAAACGCUGCACACCAGGAGGCAUUAAUGAAACUGGAGAGACUUGAUUCUGUUCCAGUUGAAGAGCAAGAAGAGUUCAAGCAACUUUCAGAUGGUAUUCAGGAGCUACAACAAUCACUAAAUCAGGAUUUUCAUCAGAAAACGAUAGUGCUGCAAGAGGGAAAUUCCCAAAAGAAGUCAAAUAUUUCAGAGAAAACCAAGCGUUUGAAUGAACUAAAAUUGUCAGUGGUUUCUUUGAAAGAAAUACAAGAGAGUUUGAAAACAAAAAUUGUGGAUUCUCCAGAGAAGCUAAAAAAUUAUAAAGAAAAAAUGAAAGAUACGGUCCAGAAGCUUAAAAACGCCAGACAAGAAGUGGUGGAGAAAUAUGAAAUCUAUGGAGAUUCAGUUGACUGCCUGCCUUCAUGUCAGUUGGAAGUGCAGUUAUAUCAAAAGAAAAUACAGGACCUUUCAGAUAAUAGGGAAAAAUUAGCCAGUAUCUUAAAGGAGAGCCUGAACCUAGAGGACCAAAUUGAGAGUGAUGAGUCAGAACUGAAGAAAUUGAAGACUGAAGAAAAUUCGUUCAAAAGACUGAUGAUUGUGAAGAAGGAAAAACUUGCCACAGCACAAUUCAAAAUAAAUAAGAAACAUGAAGACGUUAAGCAAUACAAACGCACAGUAAUUGAGGAUUGCAAUAAAGUUCAAGAAAAAAGAGGUGCUGUCUAUGAACGAGUAACCACAAUUAAUCAAGAAAUCCAAAAAAUUAAACUUGGAAUUCAACAACUAAAAGAUGCUGCUGAAAGGGAGAAACUGAAGUCCCAGGAAAUAUUUUUAAACUUGAAAACUGCUUUGGAGAAAUACCACGACGGUAUUGAAAAGGCAGCAGAGGACUCUUAUGCUAAGAUAGAUGAGAAGACAGCUGAACUGAAGAGGAAGAUGUUCAAAAUGUCAACCUGAUUAACAAAAUUACAUGUCUUUUUACAAAUGGCUUGCCAUCUUUUAAUUUUCUAUUUAGAAAGAAUAGUUAAGUUGAAGCGAACGGAAGUAACAGAAGUACCAAAAAAUGUUGGUUUCAUCAGUUUUUAUACACUCUCAUAAGUAGUUAAUAAGAUGAAUUUAAUGUAGGCUUUUAUUAAUUUAUAAUUAAAAUAACUUGUGCAGC